AUGUCUUGGAAUAUAAGGGGUCUGAAUCGCCCCCUGAAACAAAGCGAAGUUCGUAAAGUUCUUGCUGAUAAUAAGUUAAAAGUUUGUGCAAUCUUGGAAUCACAUGUGAAUGUGACUAAGCUGGGAACCAUCUGUAAUAGUGUCUUUCAAAAUUGGAACUGGACGUCUAAUGGGGGUUUAUGUAGCAGGGGCACGAGAAUAAUAUUGGGUUGGGAUUCUGAUGUGGUGGAUCUUAUGGUGCUUGCUCAAACUGAUCAAGUUAUUCACACGCAGUUGCUGGAUAAGGCUAAUAAAAAAGUUUUAUUCUGCUCUUUCGUGUACGCGGAAAAUAAGUAUCAAGAUCGUAGAAGUCUUUGGGAGAGUUUAUGCAAUCAUAAAAGCUUAUGUCAUGAUAAACCAUGGGUUGUUAUGGGGGAUUUUAAUGCUACGCUUCAGCUCGAGGACUCUCUUUAUGGAACAUCGCAACAAUCGAUAAGCAUGAGUGAGUUUAAAGAUUGUGUUCAGUUUUUGGAGUUGUUGGAUAUUCAGGGGCAUGGUCUUCGGUUUACUUGGAACCAACGACCCAAAGAUGGAGUGGGUCUUCUUAAAAAGAUUGAUAGAGUCAUGGGUAAUAUUCAGUUCUUGGACUUAUGGCCGAAUGCUUUUGUCAUGUACCACCCUUUUCGUGUCUCGGACUAUACGCCUUGUAUAUUGAACAUGGGGGUUGUGAAUGAGAAGAAAAUUCAACCUUUCAAGUUUCCUAACUUCAUUGCCUCAAAGCCGGAAUUCCUGAAGUGUGUGGAACAGGAAUGGAGGAGAUCGAUUCCAGGGUUUAAUAUGUUUUCGGUUACAAAGAAGCUUAGUAAUCUGAAACCGCACUUAAGGAAGAUUUUAUUUAACCAGGGAAAUUUACAUGCUAAGGUGUCAGAGCUUAGAAAAAAGUUGGAUGAGAUUCAAGUUCGUCUCGACAAGAGUCCGUUGGAUGGCAAUCUUCGUCAACUUGAAGCGGCUUGUCUUCAAGACUUUCAAUCGGCUGCUUAUGAUGAGGAAUGUUUCCUCAAACAAAAGUCUAAGGUUGAAUGGUUGUGUGCUGGAGACUCUAAUACAAAGUACUUCCACAAUGUGGUGAAAAGCCGUAACGCGAGAAACAAAAUUCAUAGUGUUAAAGACACUUCGGGGAUCCGCCAUGAAGGUAGUGGGGUUGCGGCUGCCCUAGUCACUCAUUACUCCAAUUUUCUUGGUGUUGAGGACCAGGUAACUCCCAUUAAUUUGGAUAGUAUUUUUGUUAAUGUUAUUAGCCAUGAAGCUGCUACUAAUAUGGUUAGACAAGUUACUAGAGAGGAAGUCAAAGCGGCUAUGUUUAAUAUUGGUGAAAAUAAAGCCCCGGGUCCUGAUGGGUAUACGUCAGCAUUUUUCAAGAAGGCUUGGGAUAUUAUCGGUAAUGAAGUUACGGAUGCGGCGGCUGAUGUAACCUCGGCAUUUAAAUUUCAUCAUCAAUGUGCUAAGCAGAGAAUUAUCAAUGUUUCCUUUGCGGACGAUUUGUUCAUAUUUGUCCAUGCUGACAUUUGCUCGGUCAAAAAGGUUAGAGAUGUUCUGGAAUUGUUUACUAGUUGGUCAGGGUUAGUACCGAGCCCAACCAAGAGUACUGCCUAUUUUUCGAAUGUGCCAUCUCUAGUGAAGCAGCAGAUUCUUUCGUUGAUGCCUUUCCAAGAAGGUAAUCUUCCGGUUAGAUAUCUUGGGGUGCCUCUUAUUUCCACAAAACUUAUUUUUAAAGAUUGUAAAAUCUUGAUUGAUCGCAUGGAGAGCAGAAUCACGAGCUGGAUUUCUAAGUCGUUGUCCUUUGCGGGCCGCCUUCAACUUAUUAAUUCAGUGUUAUCUUCUAUGCACAUCUACUGGGCUUCAGUUUUUAUUCUCCCUGCUCGGGUAAUUUCUGAAUUGGAGAAGAGGAUGCGUCGUUUUUUAUGGAAUGCUGGUUCUUUGGGCAGAAUUCGUGCCAAAGUUGCUUGGUCUGAUGUUUGUUUGCCUAAGGAUGAGGGAGGUUUAGGUAUUCGAAAUGUUGGGGAUGUCAAUAAAGCUCUCAUGACAAACCACAUAUCGAGUAUUAUUACUAACCGUGAGUCUCUUUGGGUUCGAUGGAUCCACUCGUACAAGUUAAAGGGUAGAAGUUUUUGGGAGGUGCCGUGUAGGGGGAGUGUGAGUUGGGGUUGGCGUAAACUUUUAUCCAUUCGGAAUUUGGUUCGUCCCUACAUGGGCAUGUCUAUCAGAAGUGGCGCUCAGACUAAUGCAUGGUGUGAUAACUGGUGCUCCUUGAGUCCGAUCAGUACUUUUAUCACACCGAGAACCAUCUCUAAUGCGGGUUUCAAUUUGCACACUACAGUUGCGGAUAUAGUUGAUGCUUCGGGUCAAUGGCGAUGGCCGGCCGCUUGGUAUGAUUUGUUUCCUGUGUUGAUAAACUUACAGCCACCAUCUCUUGUUCACAAUGUACCAGAUAAACCUAUGUGGAAAGACUUGGAUGGUAAAGAUAGUUUUUUCAGCUCUAAGCAAGUUUGGAAUAAUAUUAGGAGUCGGGGUGAUACGGUUUCUUGGUUCAAUAUGAUAUGGUUUUCACAAUGUAUUCCAAGACAUUCGUUCCAUAUGUGGCUGGUUAUAAGGAACAAGCUCAAAACGCAAGAUCGCCUUAUGACUUGGGAAGCGGGGAGUGCAACGAACUUAAGGCUUAUGUGUUGUCCGCUGUGUCGUUAUGAUCGUGACUCUCGUGAUCACCUUUUUUUCCAAUGCAGUUUUGCGUCGCAAGUGUGGAAUAAUGUUAAAACUUUGGUUAAUUUGGAGAAUGUCUCUGACUCUUGGGCAUCCAUCUGUGCAUGGAUGGAACGCACGGCUUCUUCAAAGACGAUGAAUGUUAUAGUGGGCAAGAUUUUGAUUGCGGCUACGGCAUAUUUUGUUUGGCAGGAACGAAACGCUAGACUUUUCUCUCAUAAUCACAAGUCGGCUGAAGUGGUGACAGAGUUAGUCAAGCACACAGUCCGGUUAAAGCUUAUGGGAUUCAAGUUCCGUGGUAGUGCAGAUCGGAGUAGAGUGCUAAAGGCUUGGAAGAUUUAUUCAAAUGAAGAUGAUUUCGAUCCGGGUUAG